CGAGGCCCGGGAGCCCAGGGGAGGAGCAGCGCCGGGACCCCGAGCUGGUGGAGCUCCCUCCAAGGGAAACCAACCUUAACGUGAUGGAAACACCCUUGAUCUUGGUGUUCAGGACCAAGUUUUGAGUUUUAGCUCUGCUGUUUCUACUGUGAUCUUGGAAUUCGCAAUGACAACAGUAACAGUGACCACAGAAGUUCCCUCCAGGGGUAAGAUAGAAGAUAAUCCCGCCUUGUAUGAGUCGACAGCAGCUCACAUUAUUGAAGAAACUGAAUAUGUGAGAAAGAUUCGAACUACUCUAGAAAAGAUCCGAAAUCAAAUGUUUAAAGAUGAAGUGGGACGUAACAGUACAAAUCAUAAACUAGAUGCAAAGCGCUGUGGAAACACUCAGAAUGGCUCUGAUGCUGAAACGGAUCCCUCUUCUUGUAGCUUGGAUUCACUCAUGGAAAAGAUGAAAGGGAAAGACCUACAGCUCUUAGAAGUGAACAAAGAAAAUGAAGUAUUGAAAAUCAAGCUGGAAGCCUCCAGAGAGGCAGGAGCAGCGGCUCUGAGAAACGUGGCCCAGAGAUUAUUUCAAAACUACCAAGCGCAAUCUGAAGAAGUCAGGAAAAAGCAUGAAGACAGUAAACACUUACUCCAGGUUAACAAGCUUGAAAAAGAACAGAAAUUGCAACAACAUGUUGAAAAUCUCAGUCAAGUUGCUGAAAAACUUGAAGAAAAACACAGUCAAGUCACAGAAUUGGAGAACCUUGUCCAGAGAAUGGAAAAGGAAAAGAGAACACUAAUAGAAAGAAAACUGUCUUUGGAAAGCAAGCUGCUGCAACUCAGAUCCACAGCUACUUAUGCUAAAAGUUGCCAGGAUCUUCAAAUGGAGAUUUCCAUUCUCCAGGAGCAGAUCUCUCAUCUGCAGUGUGUGAUUCACUCUCAGCAUCAGAACCUGCGCAGUGUCAUCCAGGAGAUGGAAGGAUUAAAAAAUAGUUUAAAAGAACAAGAUAAAAGAAUUGAAAAUCUCAAAGAAAAGGUUAACAUACUUGAAACUCAGAAUAAAGAACUAAAAACCAAGGUGUCGCUUUUGUCUGAAACUCCUAAGACAAAGGUAUCUAAAGCUGUCUCUACAAGUGAAUUGAAGACCGAGGGUGCUUCCCCCUAUAUGAUGUUGAUUAGGCUACGGAAAUGAACUGGUUGGAUGAAGAUCUGAUUGACAAAGACUAUAUGGGUCUUAUUUAUUUGAUGAAACACAGUCUAAACUUCCAUGUUAAAAUGGCACCAUGCCAGUGUUUAAGUGGAGUUUGUUAUACAUUAAUAGCUUUGCAGGAAUAUGACAUUUCAGAAAACCAAACAAAUAAAUAUUUAAGGGAAGGAAUUCUUUCUUCAAAACUUACCAGAUGGAAGAAACCAGGUCUUUUCCCAUGAUGGAAGAUGAAUUCUGUUUCAAAUUUUUUAAAAAAAAUCUAAAUCUCAUUUUCAGAUUUUUGCUAA